AUGCUGGAGGAAAGUUCAAUGUCAGGGCACAAGCCUAUGAAGGACAGGCUAAUUCCUUGUUCUGUGGAAACGCAAGAUAACCAGUUGCUUCUCAAGUGCCUCCUGAUAAUGGACAAUGCUCCUGCUCAUCCUCCUGGCUUGGAUGAAUUUAAAUUCAUCACUGUUAAGUUCUUGCCCCCUAAUACCACUCCUCUCAUCCAGCCCAUGGACCACCAAAUCAUCUUAAACUUCAAGAAACUUUACACAAAGGCAUCGUUCCAAACGUGCUUUGAAGAUUUUGUAGAAUUUGAGGCUGACCCUACACUGGUUGUGGAAUCUAUUGUGUCUCUGGGGAAGUCCAUAGGCUCUGAUGUGAGUGGCGAGGAAGUGGAAGAGUUAGUGGACACCCACGGGGAAGAGCUAACCGCUGAGGAGCUACAAGACCUUCAGCAGGGACAGCAACAGAUGGCAAAUGAGGAAUCCGAGGAGGGGGAGGAGGAGGAGGAGGAAGAAGAGAGGGAGGAUACUGUGCCUAUUUCAUUAAUUAAAGAAAUGUUUACCAAGUAG